AUGAAUGAUCCCAAAGACAACAGGAAGAAGCAGCUGGGUCCCCUGGAUGAGGAACAGCUGAUAACCAAUGGCACCAGAUACUCCAUAAAAAGCUUUGGAUUCCAACCGAAUUCUGGAUUCAAUAGCUUUGCAGGGUGUCUGAGCCACAGCCAUGUCCCCUGGCUGCUGCAGGUGUUCUUCCUCACUGUCUUCUCCGUGCUGCUGGUGGUCAUCCUUGUCAAAGUCUCCAAGAUUCCCAGCUCCCAGGGGCUGGCACAAUCCAAGGAGGAGAAGGUCUACCAGGAGCUGACCCAGUUGAAGGCUGGGGUAGAUCGCCUGUGCCGCCCCUGCGCCUGGGACUGGACAUAUUUUGAAAAAAACUGUUACUUCUUCUCCAUGAUCCAGAAGAGCUGGAGUGAUUCUGUCACUGCCUGCCAGAAAGUGGGGUCCCAACUAGUGGUCAUCAAAAGCCAUGAAGAGCAGAACUUUCUGCAGCAGACUUCUAAGAAGAGAGGCUACACUUGGAUGGGGCUCAUUGACAUGAAUAAGGAAUCCAGAUGGCAUUGGGUGGAUGGUUCACCUCUGACACUCAGCUUCAUGAAGUACUGGAAUAAAGGAGAGCCCAACAACUUAGGGGAGGAAGACUGUGCAGAGUUCAGAGAUGAUGGUUGGAAUGACACCAAAUGUGAUAACAAGAAAUUCUGGAUCUGCAAAAGACCUGCAACUUCCUGCUCUAGAAAGUAA